AUGAGGGCCACUAAAAUCUUCAAUAACAACCUCAAGGAGGCCGGCGUCCUGGAUUGCGUCAAAACUCUCAAAGUCGCACUCUAUUCCUUCAUCAAUGCCUUUGGGAUCUUCACGAACGCCGCUGGGGCCAAUAUCCAAUGGUGGAUUGACCCGUUGGGUGCAAUGCUUAUCUCCCUUGCCCUCAUCAUCCUGUGGGGUGUCAGCAUCACUUGA